AUGGUGACUUUGAUGCAGUGUGCUGUGACCAGAGUGGCUGUUUUCACGGCAGUUUCCCGGACGUGGACGCCAAUCCCAGCCGCCGUGGAUAAAGCGUUCACCUUGGUGCUACAGGAGCAGCCGAGCUUUGGUGGCGCCAUGGGAACGCUGUCGAUCUGCAUCUACCAGGGCCCGCAGCUUUUUCUCCAUGCUUCACAGGGCCUCAAGAUCUACAAGCGGAAACCAGACCUGGCCGUGAAGUACUGGGACCUCCAGACAAACCAGUGGUGUAAAAUACAAGUAACAUUAGAUUCUCCGAAUGUGUUCGACAACUGCAUCCAGCUCUGUGAAGCUGCUGUAGGGGUGGAGGUUGUCAACAAAGAGACCGAAAGAGUUCCAGUGGAGGCUGUGGGGCAGACGGUGUUGCCCGUUACCGACACAGAAUUGAAGAAACAUCUCCAUUCUCGUAUGAUUGACCCUGAGUUUGCAUUGUUGGUACGUGGUUUUGUGUAUAGAAGCGCCGAAAUAAGGCCAGAUUACUAA